AUGUUCAGUGAUGCUGAUGCACUUGAAGAAUUACCCCUAGUUCCAGGUGCCCUUUUCAACCAUCGCGACGAAGCAGAAGACCCCGUUUGUCAUGAGGACACCCGAACUGCGGUACUGCAGGAAAUAUACGAUUGGGCCGAAAGGAAUGAUGAGAAGCCCGUCUUCUGGCUGACUGGUUGGGCAGGGACGGGCAAAUCAACAAUUGCUCGGACUGUCGCCCGAAGAUAUCAUCAAAGAGAGAAACUCGGGGCGUCAUUUUUUUUCUCGAGGGAUAAAGGAGAUUGUGGAUCUACGACCAAGUUUGCGUCAAGCAUAGCUUACCAGCUUGCGACCCGGUCACCUUCUCUGAAAGAGUCGAUCUAUAAUACACUUAGACGCAAUAAAGGGAUUCUAGAUGGGUGCCUUUCCGAUCAAUGGGAGCAACUUGUCUUGAGCCCAAUAUCAGCGCUUGACGACCCCGGAUAUGCGAAGCGGUACCUCCUGGUGAUCGAUGCACUUGAUGAAUGUGAGGCCAAAUGCGAGACCUUGGUUAGGCUGCUCUUUGAGACACAAUUGACAAAAAUCCGCCUGUUCGUGACAAGCAGACCAGAUCUGCCCGUACCGCCUGAAAGGUUGAAGUCCCAGUACCGGUCCCUUAUCUUACAUAAAGUCAGUCCGGAGAGUGUUGAUGAAGAUAUUUUCAAGUUUCUACAUGGCUCUCUCGCUCGAGACAGAGACGACUGGUUAGAAACAGCGCUUCUCAGACGCUUGGUUGAGAAGGCAGGGGGCCUAUUUAUAUGGGCGGCUACUGCCUCUCGAUUUCUGACCGAUUCUCCAGAGGUUGCUGAUUCCAGGCUAUGCGAGCUUCUCAGUGAUGAGGAAUUGAAUAGAGAACCAGGAAUGGAUCUCAGUGAUAAUGAGUCGAAUGCUGGCCCAGGGAAAAGUUUGAAACCGGACCAAAGUUUGGACCUUAUAUACCUAGCGGUUCUACGAGCCGCCGUAUCUCCAAAGCUUAGCCAUAAGGAGAAAGGCAUCUGCCUCAAUCUUAUGAGAAGAUAUCUUGGCAGUAUCGUGAUCCUUUCCUCGCAACUAUCCCCUCACGCACUCUAUACGCUCGUGGAAAUGGAUACCAAAAAAUACAAGGGUAUUCACGCGCAUGAGAUCUUGCGAAAACUACGCGCUAUUCUCGACAUACCCAAAAACAAGGAUGAAGAAUGUGCGGUAAUCCGUCCGCAUCAUCCCUCGCUCUGUGACUUCCUCCUCAACGCUACCAGAUGCAAUGACGAGCAGUUUUACGUGUGCAGAAAGCAGGCCCAUCAGAUUGUGUUCGAUGGAUGUCUGCAGCUUCUGUCACAAAGUUUACGGCAAGAUAUUUGUGAUCUCGAAGCGUCCGACGCUUCCGUUGAAGUUGUACCAAAGUCUCGCAUUGAGCAGGCACUUCCACCAGCAGUGCAGUAUGCAUGUCUUUACUGGGUGAAGCAUCUGCGGGCUUCUGAAUGCGUGAAUCGUGACCUCGAUAGCGUCCAUGAAAUGCUCAACAAUCAUGUCCUUCAUUGGCUGGAAGCGCUGAGUUGGAUGAGGAAAUACCACGAUGGACUAGACGCAUUGGCGUCUCUCAAUACCUUUCUGCUGGUAUGUUUAUUGCACGAAUCUACGAUGAAUCUGACAUCCUUGAAGCACAGAGAACGUCCCCAGCUAUCCAAUCUCGUCAAAGAUAUAAUCCGAUUUACCAGAUGCCAUGGGCCCGUUAUAGAGCAGACACCUCUUCAACUCUACCUGGGUUCCAUUGUAUUUUCACCACAAGAGAGCCUUGUGAGACAAAGGUACGGUCAUAUUGGACGGCAAUACCUUGAAUACCUACCCAGAACCAGAGCUCGCUGGGGAAUGCAUUUGCAUAGUUUGGAAUAUCAUCGCGAAUCUGUCGAGAGGCUUGCAUUCUCGGAUGAGCGGCAGAUGCUGGCAUCGGCAUCGACUGAUGGAACCCUACGGCUGUGGGACGUCACGACAGGUCGGUGUUUACGGGUUAUCGAGGGCUUCAAGGGCAAGAUCACUGCGAUUAGCUUCUCGCCAGAAGGAAAAUGGCUAGCAUCUCUUUCAGGUGGAAUGAUCCACGUAUGGGACGUAGCCACGGGGCUUUGCAUACAGGGCUUUGAGGAGUCCCAAGGCUUCAAAGCAAUGGCUUUCGCUGGAGAUGGGAAGCUCGUAGCGGUAUCACACACUCAGCAAGUGCAGUACCGGGAUGUGGCGAGCAAGGAGUGUGUGCGAUCCAUACAUGGUUUGGUCGGCCAUCCUGCCUCAGUGAUCUUCUCAGAAGAUGCCAAAACCAUUGCGACUUGGUCCUUCAACGGACUCGUACGCGUGUGGAACCUUACAACGGAUCGGUGCAUCAUAAAAGUCAUUCUGGAUUCGACAGUAGGAUCAGACACAGUUGCUCUCUCACCGGACGGAAAGAUCCUAGCAGCAGCAGCAUCCACUGAGAUUCAAGCGUUUGACACUGAGACAGGUGACUGCCUAACCACCCUUCAAGGGCAUCUUCUUCGCAUUAAUGCUCUUGCUGUGGCGGCAGGCAACCAGACGCUAGCCUCUGUAUCAAACGACACGACUGUCAAGCUCUGGAGUCUCGCCACUGGGCAAUGUCUUCAUACGCUCAAAGGCCACCGUCAUCCGAUUCUUGCCGUUACUCUGUCCCAGGGAAGGAAAAUGGUCGCAUCUGGGUCGAUGGAUUGUACAGCUCGGCUCUGGGACAUGAGCGCUGUUCAUGAUCUACACAUGACUGAAGAGACUACCGACACGACGACAGUAACUGCACUGGCACUGGACGAUCACGCGAUGCUCGCAGCUCUGGGAUAUGCGGAUUCAAGCAUACAGCUCUACUAUCCAUAUAAUGGCAGAAAAUUCAUGACGUUGAGCGGCCAUAGUGAUCGUAUCGCGGAUUUGGCCUUCCUCGCAGACGGAGGUGUUUUGGCAUCAGCAUCAGUUGACUGUACUCUACGACUCUGGAAUACUGAAUUGGGCCAUUGCUUACAUGUCCUUAAGGGCCACACCUCUUCCAUCAGUCGCAUAGUAACCACUCACAACAGAUUAAUUCUAGCAUCUCUUUCAGUUGAUAGAAACAUACGGCUGUGGAAUGCUGAAAGUGAGGCUUGUCUGCACACACUGACUGGCCAUACGGGCUAUGUCGAGGGAGCCGCAUUCUCAAAAGACGACACAAUUCUAGCAACGUCGUCAAGCGAUCAGACUAUCCGGCUCUGGAAUGUGGAAGACGGCAUUUGCUUCCAGAUUCUGAAAGGUCAUCAAGAUCGGGUGAUGGGGCUAGAUUUUUCUGACGAUCAGAAGAUCUUAGCAUCGGCGUCAUUUGAUAGGACGGUGCGGCUUUGGGAUGUCGACUGCGGCUGCUGUCUACAGGAAUACUCGCACGUUCAUAAGGUCACAAGCGUUGCGAUCUCUGGCAACAAAAGUAUGCUAGCAUCGAUAUCGGGUCUAGGAACACUUCGUGUCUGGGAUAUUCGAAGCGGCGAAUGCGUCCAGGUACUGAAUGGUCGCCUGUUCCGUGUUAUCCAUCUGUCAAGCAGUGGCCGGUAUCUGGAAACCGAACACGGCUCCCUCAUGCUUGAGGCAAAAACUACUGUUCCUGAGGAUGCUUCCGAGCAGCCAGCCUCCGCCAUAUAUGUUGACAGAAGCUGGGUCAUAUAUGGGGGGCAGAAGAUGCUAUGCCUGCCCAGGGAGUAUCACAACCCUAAACACGUGGCGGUUCGUGGAACAACGGCAGUGCUUGCCUAUAACUCCGGUCAAGUCUUGAUUCUCCGAUUUAAGUAG